GACAUUGACAGUAGUUCAAACGCACUACCUGACGGUCUACGACUGUCAUCUAACACAUUUUAUUAGGAAUUUUCACUAUUUAUUUAGUUUUUGUAAAUAGAACAUUAUUAUUAAUUAAGUUAUUAAAUAUGGCUGGAAAUUUUUGGCAAAGCUCACAUUAUCAACAAUGGAUGCUGGACAAACAAGAUCUUAUUAGGGAAAGACAACACGAUUUAGCCAUUUUACCUGAGGAUGAAUACCAAAAAAUAUUUAUAUUCUUUUCUAGUGUGAUUCAAACUUUAGGAGAACAACUUAAACUAAGACAGCAAGUAAUAGCUACAGCCACUGUAUAUUUUAAAAGAUUUUAUGCUAGGAAUUCUUUGAAAUGUAUCGAUCCCCUUUUAUUAGCACCCACAUGCAUCUUUUUAGCUUCAAAAGUUGAGGAAUUUGGAGUCAUUUCUAACACCAGACUUAUUACAACUUGUCAGACAGUCAUCAAGAACAAAUUUGGAUAUGCAUAUACUCAAGAAUUUCCUUACCGCACUAACCAUAUUUUAGAAUGUGAAUUUUAUUUACUUGAAAAUUUAGACUGUUGUCUCAUAGUUUAUCAACCAUAUAGACCACUUUUACAGUUAGUUCAAGAUAUAGGCCAUGAAGAGCAAUUACUAACUUUAGCUUGGAGAAUUGUCAAUGACUCCCUUCGUACUGAUUUAUGUCUACUAUAUCCCCCAUAUCAAAUUGCAAUAGGAUGUUUGCAGAUAGCCUGUGUUAUACUGCAGAAAGAUCACAAAGCAUGGUUUGCAGAGCUUAAUGUGGAUAUUGAAAAAAUCCAGGAAAUUGCAAGAUAUAUAAUUAAUUUAUUUGAAUUAUGGAAAACAUAUGAUGAGAAGAAAGAAAUACAGGGGUUGUUGGCCAAGAUGCCAAAGCCAAAACCAGCACCACAAAGAUAAAAUGCAUUAAUUAGAAUACUUUCAAUUUACAAUUAUUUCUUCUUAAGUAUUAAUUAGAUAAUUUAUUAAUAUUUGUAAUUUUUGAUUUUCCAAAUUUUGUUAGACAUUACAUUAAUUAAGUAUGGAAAAUUUCAAUUAUUUCAGCUGCAGAUUGACUUCUGCAAAUUAUAAAGAUUUUUAAAAGAUAUGUACGACAAGCAUGCAUUGUGAUUUAUAAAAAUUAUAGGCCUCAUCAUUACUAUGACAUAUUAUUUUACUUCAGAAAUUUGACACUACCUAAAAAUAUUGGUAUUCUUUUGAAAUUAAAAAUUUAUGUAGCAGUCAAUUCACAGAUGAAAUACUUGAUAUUUUUAUAAUUUUGUAAUUAAUACAGAAUUUUGUUCCUUGACUAAAAUUGUAAAAAAGUCAAAAUCAUUUUAAUUUUUAUCAUUCGUAAUUGUACUAUUUAUAGGUAUUCUAUUUUUUAAUUUAAAUACAGUAUGUAACUUAUGAAAAAUCUGGAUAAUCUAUCUAAAAAUUUAAAUUUUUGUGGUUGAAAUCUUACGCUUACUGGUAAUUUUAAAUAGGUAUCUUGACUGAAGAUUUAAUAGCCUAGAGGUUCCUAAAAGAAGAAAUCUAAUUUUAUUUCAUGUAAUUGUAAAAUUUUUAUUAAAUACAUUUUGUCUACAAAAUUUGUUUUUAUUAAAAUUUGAUAUUGAUUUUUACUUAUUUGAGGUAUUAACAGUGCCACCCGCAAAAAAUAAUUAUUAUUUUACAGCGUUUUUCACCUACUUUUUAUACACUAAUUCUCUUCUUUGGUUCUUUUUAGCAAUAAACUUUACACGUAUUUAAAAAAUCUUCAUUUAUUAAUUUAUAAACUACAUCCAUGUCUUUCAAUGUUCAGUGGAAAAACGCGUUAGCGAAUUAUUACAAACUAAUAAUCUACAAUAUAAUAUUCUUGCAACAGUAAGAAAUAGAAAACUAAAACAAGGAAGAAAAACGUCUUCUCUUUCAAAUGAAUUCUUAAUGCCCAAAAAAAUCAUCUUAAACUUAUAUCAUUUAAUACUGCAUAAAAUAUUUCAUCUGCACAGAACUAUCUUAAUUUUUUAAUACAUAUUCAAUUUUUGAAGAGCUAGUAAUAUUUCUAAAUGCAGUCGUUUAUUACAAAUAAAUAACUAUGUGAACAUUUUUAUUGGAUUGUUUUUCUUUUCACAGACCACAAAUGCCUGUUAAGAAAAACUCAUCAAUAGUAUAUUUACAAGACAGAUGAUAUAUUCAGUUGUGUAUUUGUAUUAUACUACAUCAAAAGGUAAAGUUGUAGAAGAUGUAUGUACUAAUGGACUCGCUGAUGCACUUAUAUGGCAACAUGUAAACAUUCAAAAAUUUUAGAACAUUGUUGUAAUAUUUAAAAAUACUUGCAAUUUCAUCACUAAAUAUGCUGUUGUGUUGUUUUUAAUUGUUUUGCUGUUUUGUGAUAUUAAUUAUGGAGUUUUUUUUUUAUUGUAAAUUUGGCACAUCAUUUAAACAGGUGGAAAAGUUUAAUCAUUAUUUCAGAUGGUCCAUAUUAACCAAAUGAAGGUGGAGGGUGGCAUUUAUGAAUGUCAUCAUUGUACAUGAACAAUAACCAUUCUUUAUUAAGUCAGUAAUUAUUAGUUUUCAUUUAUAUUAUUUAUAAAUCAUUUUUCAAAUUAAUUUUUUAUUUAUCUAGCUACUACCUAUACAGUACUAGAACUGAGAGGAAAAUUAUGUUGUGGAAGAAUACCUUUAGUAACCAGAAAACAUUUUUAAAUUUAUUUAUGAAUUUUACUUAAGACCCAACUCAACUUUUUUCUUAGGUUAGAAAACAAUUUUUCAUUCGAAGUAAUUAAAUUUCUAUCUCUUAAUGUCAACAAAUACGUAACAUGAUGAGUUUAAUAAAACGUAUGUCGCAAAUUAGCAAGAUUGCAAAUUGGCACCAAUAUAUUUUUAAAUCUUAACACAAGUUUCCUGAAACAAUUAGGGCAAAUAUAAAAGAGUUUAUUUUGUGUUUUGGCUUUUAAAUACUAUAAAAAAUGGUGGAAAGUUUAGAACUUUUAAAUAUUUGUUAAAUAUCACUUAUUAAAAUAUUUUUCAAAAUAUUAUUGUUCAGAGCUGUAUUUUUUGUGAUAAAAAAGUCGCUGUCAUUGACGAGUUGAACUUGGACUUAAGCGUUAUUCGUUAUAUUAAUCGCAAUCGUCAAAGUUGCAUCAAAUAAUCAAAAGCAUGAGGGAUAGUACAUUUUUCGCACAACUUUACCUAUUCCACAUUUGUCUUUCCUAUUAUAGGAAAGCAUCCUAUUUUCAGAAAGUUUCUUACACUGUUUUGUACCCCAUAUUAGGUAUCAGGAAUUAAAAGAAAAUUAAUCUUAAAAUUAUUUCCGUUAUGCUAUGAUUUCUUCUUAGAUGGUAGUAAAUUAUGUCUUCUCAUAUUGCUCAGAACCCCAUCUAAAGAUGCAGUCUUCUUUUUAGCACUUCCUUUAAGGGUUUCUUCACCCUUAUUACGAAUUUUCAAUUUUGGGGAGGUUACUUCAUCCAUAAAAUCAAAAUCGGUGGGUUCUUCUGGUCUGUAAAUAAACAAUAUAAGUAGAUAAAUAAUUCGUUUAUUCAAAACUAACUCUUUAGAUUCAUUGUCAUCCUCUGGUUCUUCAGUUAUUUCCGGAGAAGGUGAACGAUAGCCCGGGCAUUUCCAAUAUAAUUCUUGACUUUCACCAUUUUCUAACAUUGUAUACAAACGGUCUAUUUCCUCUGGUUUGGGUUCCCACGGUCCCUUACAAUCCUUUAACUCUUCAUCUGAGCAUUCUAUAUCCCAAUCAUUGUCCAUUUUUAAAAGAAUUAAUUCAAUUAAUAAUAAAAAGGCCCGUAUUUAUAAACAAAACUUAGCUGAG